UGUCAGGACGAAAAUCGAUCCGUGAUACGGAAAUCACUGUUUUCAAACGAAUCCGUUUUGGUGCUUUCAUUUCUAGUCCAACAUUCCACACCGUGUCGACACUAUUGACAUACAUCCUUCCAACAAUGUUUCAACUUGCUGUAGUUAUUCUCAACAUACUGUUCGUUGUAGAUAAAUUUAACUCCGCCGUUGCCAAAGGACCUCAUCAUCCAAAGGGAGAUUUUUCUGCCAGAGACAAGAAGCUGGAUGAACAUCUCCGUGCUCAAGACAACCAUAUCGAGGAAGACAUGAAGCAAUUCUCGUUCGGCGGAAAGGAACUGGCCAACAUGUCCGACGAAGAGAAGAACUUCUACUUCUUCAAGUUGCACGAUUCCGACAAUAACGACCACUUGGAUGGGCUGGAAAUACUGCACGCAGCGACACAUCACAACGAUGGCCACGUCCACCGGCUGGAACCGAGCACGGACGAAGACGAGCCGAACGAUAAUUCCGUUAUUGACGUGAUCGACGACUUCAUCGCCUAUGCCGACUUGGACCAAAACGGCCUACUGACGUAUCCGGAAUACAUGAAAGCCAUCAGCACGAAUGACUGGAGCAAAAAAGUCGAUGUAACUGAAUCGCCUCCUGAGAUGGUGUAGAUAUGAUCGAAAUAAAACUUAAAGGAAUGUCAUCGCACAAAA